GAAUCGCUUCAGCGACAGGAAGGAGGCCAAACGGGGAGAGCAACACGCGCAGAGGAGAACACUGCUCGUCACCUGUUGAAGAUCCGCCUUGUGCGCAUUCAUUCCAUGGCACAUCCGAGAUCAGCAGCCAUCUCCCACUCAGCAGCCUCAGGGACGGCACGGGAGCCGAUCUGUCCACGAGCCGAUGCACAAGACGCCGACGCCCCAUGUGCGCCAUCAUCUCGUGCAGCAUGCCCUCACCGACGACAGACAAUCGCGUCGCGGUCUGUCUUGCCCCUUUCUGCCGUGUUUGUGGCUGUCGUGCUCGCUACCACCGCUCAGUUAGCCCACUGCAUCGACAGGGGAGCCUUUCUGCGGCCAUUUACGGGCAGCAUGACGACGCCUGCGCGGCGAUUGGAGAGGAUGCGGCAGCAUCUGCACCCGGCGAGGCGGCCUUCUGAUCUGUUGAGGACUCGGCUGUUGAUGGCUGACGAUGAGGACGUGCAGACGGUGACCACGGACUCGGUGACCAAGGACUACUACAAGAUCCUCGGGGUCGACAGGGGGGCAUCCAAGAAAGAAAUCACCAAACGGUGCGUGCGCCAUGCCGUCCGCCUGUGUCGCGUGUGGAACCAUCUGUAGGUUUGUGUGUCCAUGUGAUGUGUGUCAGGUACAAGGAUCUGCUGCGCGAGUUUCACCCCGACUUCGGCGGCGACAAGUACGUCAUGAUGGAGCUCAACGAGGCCUACGAGGUCCUCGCUGACGACGCCAGGCGAGAGGUCUACGACCGCACCGGCCAGGCACCACCCUCCGCCGAGCAGCAGCAGCAACAGCAGCAGCAGCAGAUGGCCGGACAGCCGACCGGCGGAUGGCAGGAGAUCGGAUUCAACGACAUAUUCGACACAUUCUUUGGCGGCGGCAUGGCCGGCGGUUAGCUUAGCGAGGCAAAGCCCCACCACGCAGAGAUGCGCAUCGCAUCAUCAAUGUGUGUUGUGUUGUCAGGUCGGCGUCGUCGGGCAGCGCGUCGCGGCAGUGAUUUGAAGGUGGAGCUGGAGGUUGACUUCGCCACUGCCGUGUUUGGUGGGACGGAGAAGGUGCGGCUCAAGCACGUGGAGACGUGUGAGGUCUGCAUGGGGACCGGCGCCGCGCCCGGCACCAAACCUGUCGUAUGCCCCACCUGCAACGGACAGGGCAUGGUCUUCCAGGUCAGACGACAAAUGCCCGGGGCGGAGGGGACUUGUCUGUCUGUCUGUCUUCUGUUGUGUGUGGGGUGUGCGGCGCGGCGCGUGUUGUGUGUGCAGGAGCAGCGGACCCCCGUUGGGUACAUAUCUACCGGAUCGACGUGUCCCACUUGUGGCGGUGUGGGCGAGAUCCUCGCGGACCCUUGCCCUGCGUGCAACGGACAGGGCCUCGUGCAGAGGACCAAACAGAUUGACGUGAGCGAGCUGAGCGGACACAUACAAUACACACGAUAGAUACCGAGCGACACACAGACAGACAGAUGUAUAUAUGCACGCUGAUCUGAUCCACCCCCCCGUCAGGUGGCUGUGCCGGCUGGUGUGGAGGAGGGCAUGAAGCUGCGCAUCAAGGGGGAGGGCGACGCCGGCAUGAACGGGGGCGAAGCGGGAGACCUGUAAGCAAACCAUGCCAUCCAUCCAUCCACUCGUGUGUGUGUCCGGCCCACCCAUCAGGUUUGUGUUUGUCAAGGUGCGUCCGGACUCCCGCUUCACGCGCAAGGGGACGUCCAUCUUUUCUGAGACCACCAUCUCGUACACCGACGCCAUCCUGGGCAAGACGGUCGAUGUGGAGGUCAUCGACGGCACCGAGCCCGUCAGGAUCCCACCCGGCACACAGCCCGGCACCACCAUCAAGGUCCCCGGCAAGGGCGCGCCAAAGGUCGGCAUCCCCGACUUUCGCGGAGACCAUUUCACCACCGUCAAGGUCGGCACGGCACGCCGUCUGUCCGUCUUUGUCUACCCUCUGGUGGAUGGAUGGAUGGAUGUCAUCUCCGUGUGUGUGUUGUUAGGUGGAGAUCCCCACGAGUGUGUCCGGUCGUGAGCGUGAGUUGAUUGAGGAGCUGGACAGGCUGCGGCCGUCAUCAGGGUCGCGCGAAGAGGGUGGGAGGGGCAAACGCUUUUUCGGAUUGUGACGAUGGUGUCUGUCGGUGUGGGGGCGAGGCCCUCUCUCUAAUCUGUCUGUCGGUCUCAUUCAUCCAGAAGAGUGCAACCAACGAUUACAAUGAGCGAGUGUGCCCACGCUUCACGUUUUAUUUUAUCGCCACCUAGCUUAUGGUGUGGUGUUGGCUGGGCUGGCGGAUGAGGUGAAGUGCGCACGUGUCACGUGUGUGUUGAUGUGAUGGUUGGAGAGGGAGAAGCGAGAUUCUGAAUGCGUUUCUGCGUCGUCGUGACCUGAGUGAGCAUUGCAUUGCAGUGCCUGCGGUGGUGUAUGCGUG